AUGUGGACCAGUCUGCUACGGCAAGACGAGCGGUGCUGCCUUGCAAUCUGCCUGGCCGUCAACUACCCCCACAGCGGACUGACUGAAGACACGUGGUACCCGCCGUUUGACAAGGUAAAAGAAGACAUCAACAGCGACGCGGGACAUCGGUUCGUCGCCUACGUGAUAGGCUCUCUGUGUGGACCUCUCCGAGGCAAAGAGUUCGUCGUCAAGGUAGCUGCGCUUCUGGCAUGCCUCAAAAUCCGCAAUGCGCACGGCUUGCCUGAUGGAGGACUGUUGGGCAACAGAACCAACCUCCUGUUCGAGUUUGAUAAGGCGUUGAACUUCGACUUGGGCAACAUACCCGUCGUUGUCAAUGUGCUGGAACAGGUCCUGAUGUUCUCUGCGCGGAUAUGGGAAAUCCAUGCGCCGGAGGACGCCAUCCAGCCGGGGUUACUGCCCCCAUCUCUGAACCUAUACGACGAUUCGGUGUCGAGGAAGAUGCUUUACAUGUACUGCUGCGUGCGGAUCUUGUUUCCCGACACUCACGAGUCGUCGAUGCACCGGACACGCGCCGUCUUCCAGUUGAACACCGCAGGCGCGCCCGAGUUGUUCCUCGACACGCUCAGCGACGACGAGCUGGAGUCGGCAGGUCAUUCAAUGUGUGACGCAGAUGAAGACCUGCUCGACGAGUAUGUUGGAACGUCCAACGCCGACUCCGGCUUCGUUGAAAGCUCAGAACUGUCGGGGGAAAGCUUUGAGUCCAAUGCUGAAGAAGAGGAGGACGAUAUAGUCUAG